AUGUCAUUCCUGUCAGAAGAUCAUGCGCAGGGUAGACCGCGAGAUGGAGAUUGGUAUUUGAUUGAGAGCGCAGGAAAGGUUCGACGAGGUCGAGUCGCGGAGCGAUGCGUUGAGGGGGUUUCGAGCGGGAGACAAAGGCGCCGAGAGUCGCGCCGCAACCUGCGGGCAGGUAGGGAGGAAGUUGAGAUGAAAUCCAGUAGCCAGGAACCGAUUCCUGUCAACUGGACAAGUAUGCGAAUGGAUGAAGCGCCAGGGCGAGCAGAUGAGCGCGAGGUGUUGAAGGAGGAAGCGGGAGCCGAGUAG